AAGCUGCAGCUGCAGCUGGCGGUCACGCAACAACCGUAACACUUUUGUUCGAACUCGAGAUGCCCGAAUGCGUCUUCCAUUAUCGGUGUUUGGCUGCCCAAUGACGGUUACAAUUCCAAUUGAAUGAGUAAACAUAAUACAAAUUACAAAUAUUAAUAGAACAAUAGGUGAUACAGGUCGAGUUAUCGCUGUUAUUAUUGUUUUUGUUCGUUUUCUUCCUUCCAAACAACCAGUCCGAAUUCAUUUUUAGUUAUCGCGAUUUCGAAUUUGUGCCGUGUAACUAUUUGUUCAGCAGUCGCUUUAGUGUGUUCUGUCCGUUUUUUUCCAUUUAAGUACAUUCGGGAAAAUGAAAGCGCUUAAGACCAUUCUGUUCGCUAUGACGGUAUUCACCACAUCUGUGGUGGCUGAUAGAAAGCUACACACUGAAUUUAAUCCCGGAUGUCAGAUGGAGGAUCAUUGUUCUAAAUUGUCAAAACUUACAUAUAUACGGGCUGAUGGUGAUAACGAUACUAUUCAUUUUGUAUUGGACGCCACAUUAAAACCAUCGCUGGUCGUUAUAAUAACCAACAGAGAUGCAGUUAUUCAAGUGAACUAUACUUCAGAGACGGAAAACAGCAUCAAUUUUACAGAAACUCCGCUGUAUACGUUUGCAUCAGUCUUCAAUAAUUUGUAUGAGUUCAAUGAUGUUAAUGAUACAGCUAAUAUGAAAAAUGCUGAUAAUUUCAUAAAAAUGGAUUUCAAGACUUUUAAAUGGAAUACAACCCAAUCAAUAAACAAUAAUAACGAAUCUGUAGAGAUUGUUCUAUCUACUAAUUCAUAUAGAGGGCCAGGCAUUAACAAAACUGGUAUUGUAUCUAUUACGUUAAAAGUAUACGGGAAAAAAGAUACUGGAUCAAAGCUGCCACAUCUUGUCCAUACUCCCGAUUCUGGAGAACUAACACUUACUCUUAAUAAUUUGAAUACAAAUUUUACAAAAUCACGCUUUGCAGUUGAGCUACUUACUAGUAGCUCUUUUCCAUUCAAUAAGUCUGAAGAAUUAUCAAGCAAUACAUUUUCAGAUGAUAAACUAGCUGGUGGCACAUUUUUAAACUAUUUGUUGAAUGCAAAAGGAGAUGUGGAAGGAGGUGGUUUUCUGAGUUGGAAACCAGUAGUAUAUAAAGCAGAAAAUACACAUGCAUUGAAUUCUUCUUCCACAAUUCAGUACGAUGUUCAUGAUUAUCCCUUUGAAAUCGAUUGGAUCAACACCCCUUUAUAUAAGAUGUACGGGAAUUCACUAUUUGGCAACAAUUCUCAGUUUCUUUUGAAGUCAAUUAAUGUGUCUUUUGGACAGCCCAAUGAUGAAUUUUAUGCAAAAUCUAACUAUACCUAUUGGACCUUUUUAGUAGGAAUAGGUACACCUCCUCAAACAAUUUUGGGUUUUCUCGAGUUGUCAAUCAUCGCUAGUCUUCUAUUAAUGUUGACUAUAACUAUGAUUCUUAUAUUUUGUAUUUUUAUGCGUUGGAUGUCUAGUAAACGUAACUCCAUAAUUUAUGGUCAAUGAAUUUUGAUAAGUGCCUAUUAUAUUUAACACAGCUUACUAAUUUAGCAAAACUGAUGCUCAGAUUCUAAUCCCCUAAACAAAGUAUGUUUCGAUUUUAUUUUAUUGUUCUGAAGUUUUGAGCUAGUCUUAUAUAUUUUAAGAAGAUUUCUGA